AUGGCUACCUGUCAAGGGCCUCCUGAGGUUGAAGAUAUCUGUCGGCCACGAGAAAAUUCAGUUAGCCAACCAGGAGACACUGCUGUUGAGGACGGCAAGUGUUUAAAAACAGACAAAAAUCCCAAGCUGAACGAUGAAAAUCAGUUAGCUGUGUUGGAUGCAAUCCAACAAUUGGGUGCCGAGAUGACAUCUAUGAAACAUGAUCUGGCUCGGCUCAAAACAUCAAAGAGCAAACACAAGCGUCACGAUAGCUCUGACGAAAGCGUGCUCAACACAUCCGAGGACGAAUGUGUGUUAGAGUCAGAUGACAGCCAGGAGAAGGAUAAUCCUGCCCCUUCUAUUGAUACUCAUAUUUAA